UGAUUGGGCCGGAGGUCACGUGGCGUCUCUCCUUGAAAUUAACGACACAGCGCUGGAGCUCAAGGAGAGUCGGCUUGGCCUUCGGUCGGUGAGGAGAGCGCCGCCGUUGCUGUCGUCAUGCCCCGGGGCAGCCGAAGUGUCGGAGCCCGGACUCCGGCCAGCAGUCCAGCUCCAUCUCAUGCCCACCCACCAGCUCAUCCUCCCCCAUCUGCGGUGGCUACCCCAGGUCAGCCCCAGCAGCCUGGAUUGAUGGCCCAAAUGGCUACUACUGCAGCAGGAGUGGCUGUUGGCUCUGCUGUGGGGCAUGUGGUUGGCAGCGCUCUGACUGGGGCAUUUAGUGGAAGCUCAGAGCCAGCAAAACCAGCUAGCAGCCCAGCUCAGGAGCCUAGGCAGCAGCCAGCCUAUCAGCAACCCCAGUAUGGACCCUGCCACUAUGAGAUGAAGCAAUUCCUUGACUGUGCUACAAACCAGAGUGACUUGACCCUGUGUGAGGGCUUUAAUGAGGCCCUGAAGCAGUGCAAGUAUAGUAAUGGUGUUGCUUCCCUCUUGUGAAGACAAUUUCGUACCAAUGCACUAAGAUCAGAAGAAUGUGGAAAGGAGCCAUAAACUUGAAAAGAUUGGAAGGGCAAGUGACCAGUGGAUGAGAAAGGAUCUGACCAGCUUGAUCAAAUCUUUUUAGUGCUAUUCUCAGCUGUAGGUAUUAAGGGAGGAGACCUCAGGUCGAAAUCCCUAGUCACGGAGCUCUUAGGAUCCAGAUCUCAACUGACCUCUUACAGAGUAAUGUAAAAUAAAAGGAGAUGGUUUAUUUUAAUCUA